AGCCGUGUGGAUCACGCGAAAGCCGCCCCCGCUUGUAGCGUAGCUGCGGUACCAAAAAGCCUCGCGUGGUUCCUGUCGCACGGUCCUCACCUUUUGGCCGAAUGGAGCAAAGCCUGGUGGCCAUUUUGACCUCCUUGGAGCUCCAAGUCUUUCAGCCAAGCCUGGAGCGUUUGGGCGUGGCGAGCUGUGAGGAUAUCGCCGUUUUGCAGGACGGUGACUUGCUCCAGGCUGGCUUGAGCUUGGUGCAGACCCGGAAGCUUCAGAAGCGGGCGAAGGAGACGGUGCCCAGCUCCGAGCCGGAUGGGCAGGUGGACGAGCCAAGCCGCAAGCGGCGUUCCCCCCACGAGGAGACCACUGAGCCGACGGCCUCGAGGGCACGCUGCGGGAGCUUCAGGGCGGUGCUGAGCACUGGAAAAGGCCCUCGACGCUUGAUCUUCAUCAGGCAUGGUGAGUCGGAGGGAAACGUGAAUCGGAAGCUUACAGCCACCGUGCCGGACCACAACCUGCACCUGACCGAGAGGGGACGACAGCAGGCGAUUGAGGCCGGAGUGAAGCUCAAGGCGUUAUUGGGCGAUGGCUCGUUGAGGUGCAUUUGCUCUCCCUAUGUGAGGGCACGUGAAACCUUGAAUGGUGUCCUCCGCGCUUGGGGCUCUCAACCCUGGCCAUGUCAAGAAGAUGUGCGCUUGCGGGAGCAAGAGUUCGGGAACUAUGACGCGCCUGACAUCAAGGAGAAGCACAAAGAAAAGGCCCGCUUCGGCGCCUUUUACUACCGCUUCACGGACGGCGAGAGCUUGGCCGAUUGCUAUGACCGCGCUUGGAGCUUUCUGGAAUCCUUGCGGCGCUCCUUUCAGGCAGAGACCGCAGAGAACCUGUUGGUGGUUGGCCAUGGGAACAUGCUGGUGGUCUUGCUAAUGUGCCUCUUCCAGAUCAAGGUCAGCGAGUUCGCUUCAAUCCGGCCCCUGGAAAAUGGUGAGUUUGCUGUUUGUGAGCGAGCGGAGGAGAUGUGCUACACUUGGCCCAGCGUCGAGCUGAGGCGUGAAGGCCCUGAAGCUGUGGAGAUUUGGGAUGGCGAUCCGGCCUCGCGCCUGCUGUCACACGAGUCGGCGGACGACUCGGCCUAAGCGCAUGCUUUGGGGAUCGGAGCUCUCCGGCAGCGCAGCGCAAACCACCGGCGAAGUCGUUCCAGACCGGAGGACUGGCAAUUCCAGAGAGCAAGUUUGAGCUUCUGGGUUCAUUGGAGCUGGCCAUCCCUCAAUGCUCGCGGGCGACCGUGUUGUGCUGUGUUUGGGUGUUGUUUGACCGCUUCUUUG